AUGAAGUCGCUCGCUGUCCUUUCCACCACCAUCGCCGCCGCCUCUGCCGCCGCCGUGGCGGGGGCUAGCUCCCAACGGGUGAGCUACGACGGCACCAAGGUUUUCCGUGUGUCCGUCGGCGACGAGGUCGACCGCGUGAACGGCGUCAUCAACAAGCUUCAAUUGAACACCUGGAAGGGUGUUCCGAGAGCCGGCGCCUUGGCCGAUAUUGUCGUCCCGCCUGAGCAGGUCGACGAGUUCAACGCCGAGAUCUCGGGAUUGAACGUUACGACCAUGCACGAGGAUCUCGGCCUCAGCAUUGCUGAUGAGUCCAGCUUCUCAGUCUACGCCGUUGGAUCCGCCAACACCACUUGGUUCAACUCUUACCACGCGUAUGCCGACCAUCUGCAGUUCCUCAAGGACCUGGUGGCAUCUUACCCCAACAACGCCGAGAUCGUUACCUCUGGCAGCUCGCUCCAAGGCAACACCAUCACGGGCAUCCACAUCUACGGCAGCUCCAAGGGCACCAAGCCCGCCGUUGUUUUCCACGGCACCGUUCACGCCCGCGAGUGGAUCGGCACGAUGACCAACGAGUACAUUGCCUACAACCUGCUGACCAAGUACUCCACCGACACCGAGGUCAAGGGCUUCGUCGACAAGUACGACUUCUACGUCUUCCCCGUCGUCAACCCUGACGGCUUCAUCUACACCCAGACCACCAACCGUCUGUGGCGCAAGAACCGCCAGACCACCUCGGGCAGCAGCUGCCUCGGCCACGACAUCAACCGCAACUGGCCCUACCAGUGGUCCGUCACCGGCGGCGCCUCCACCGACCCCUGCGCCGAGGACUUCAAGGGCGCCUCCGCCGGCGACGCCCCCGAGACCGCUGCCCUCUCCGCCUGGCUGUCCAAGACCAAGGCCGCGCAGGGCCUGAAGCUCUUCAUCGACUUCCACUCCUACUCGCAGCUCUUCAUGACCCCCUACGGCUACUCGUGCACCGCCGUCUCCUCCAAGAAUACCGAGCUGCAGUCUCUCGCCAAGGGCGCCGUCGCCGCUAUCAAGGCCGUCCACGGCACCUCGUACCAGUACGGCCCCAUCUGCACGACCAUCUACAAAGCGACCGGCAGCAGUGUCGACUACGUCAACGACGUCGUCAAGGCCGACUACACCUUCACCCAGGAGCUGCGCGAUACCGGUAACUACGGCUUCGUCCUGCCCGCUAGCCAGAUCGUUCCCACUGGUGAGGAGACCUACGCCGGCGUCCGCUACCUUCUUCAGAACAUGAAGUAG